GCUCCGCACAGCGUCUCCGCCUGGGCCGGCGGAGGCCCCGACCGGAUCGAGCGGAGCCCGAGCGCCGCGCCGCGAUGUUCCCCCGCGAGGCCAAGUGGAACAUUUCCUUCGCGGGCUGCGGCUUCCUCGGCGUCUACCACAUCGGGGUGGCGUCCUGCCUGCGCGAGCACGCGCCGUUCCUGGUGGCCAACGCCGCGCACAUCUACGGCGCCUCGGCCGGGGCGCUCACGGCCACGGCGCUGGUCACGGGGGCCUGCCUGGGUGAGGCAGGCGCCAAUAUCAUUGAGGUCUCCAAGGAGGCCCGGAAGCGGUUCCUGGGUCCCCUACAUCCUUCCUUCAACCUGGUGAAGACCAUCCGAGGCUGCCUGCUGAAGAUCCUGCCUGCUGAUAGCCACGAACGUGCCAGUGGACGCCUGGGCAUCUCGCUGACCCGUGUUUCAGAUGGCGAGAACGUCAUCAUAUCUCAGUUCAACUCCAAGGAGGAGCUGAUCCAGGCCAAUGUCUGCAGCACUUUCAUCCCCGUGUACUGUGGCCUCAUCCCUCCCUCCCUCCAAGGGGUGCGCUACGUGGACGGCGGCAUCUCAGACAACCUGCCACUUUACGAGCUCAGGAACACCAUCACUGUGUCCCCCUUCUCGGGUGAGAGUGACAUCUGCCCACAGGACAGCUCCACAAGCAUCCAUGAGCUCCGGGUCACAAACACCAGCAUCCAGUUCAACCUGCGCAACCUCUACCGCCUCUCCAAGGCCCUUUUCCCACCCGAGCCCAUGGUGCUUCGAGAGAUGUGUAAGCAGGGUUACCGGGACGGCCUGCGCUUCCUGCGGAGGAACGGUCUUCUGAACCAGCCCAAUCCCUUACUGGCGCUGCCCCCCACCCCUCACCAUGGCCGCGAGGAAGAGGAAGCUGAGGAGGCUGAAGUGGCUGAAGAAAGGGUCCACCUGGAGGGCCACUCGCAGCCCCCUGGGGAGGAUCACAUUCUGGAGCACCUGCCGGCCAGACUCAACGAGGCCCUGCUGGAGGCCUGCGUGGAACCCAAAGACCUGAUGACCACACUCUCCAACAUGCUGCCCGUGCGUCUGGCCACGGCCAUGAUGGUGCCCUACACGCUGCCGCUGGAGAGUGCCGUGUCCUUCACCAUCCGCUUGCUGGAGUGGCUGCCCGACGUUCCAGAGGACAUCCGGUGGAUGAAGGAGCAGACAGGCAGCAUCUGCCAGUACCUGGUGAUGCGCGCCAAGAGGAAGCUGGGCAAUCACCUGCCCUCCGGGCUGUCGCAGCAGGGGGAGCUGCGCCGAGCUCAGUCGCUGCCCUCCGUGCCGCUGUCUUGUGCUACAUACAGUGAGGCACUACCCACCUGGGUGCGCAACAACCUCUCACUGGGGGAUGCGCUGGCCAGGUGGGAGGAGUGCCAGCGCCAGCUGCUGCUGGGGCUCUUCUGCACCAACGUGGCCUUCCCACCGGAUGCUCUGCGCAUGCGCGAGCCUGCUGGGCCCGCCCCUCCGGAUGCCCUGCUCAUGCGCGACCCUGCUGGACCCGCCUCUCCGGAUCCUGCGCCUGCGCAGCACCCACCCGGCCUGCCCCCUUGCUGAUCACCCUGCUCCUCCUCUGGCCCUCUCCAGCCCAGCCCUAGACUGCUGACCAAGACCCCACUCCAUACUUCUUUCCGCUACUCAACGUGGAGUGAGGAGGUAGCUCUCUCACAACUGCAAAAAGGGGGCUUUGCUGUGAACCCCUUUUCACCAGCACUCACUGGUCACACUGAGUGGGGAGCCGGCGGGGCGGCCUCCACUAGGGCCACAGGGCCCUGCCCUCACGCGUGCCUUAGUCUCCCAUCCACCCUUUCUCAGUGCAGUUACUCUUGAGAACUUCACGUCUCCUCAUUUUCCUCUGCUCCUCCUUCCCAUUUUCAUAUUUUACUAAAGAGUGUGUGAGAUUUUAUUUAUUUUUGCCAAAGUAGAUGUAAUAAACACCACAGCUUA